CUGAUGUAGUGGAACAACAACGUCUGCCACGGCUCCUCUGCCAUGACAGCAAGACGUGGCUGUCACCUGGAGAUCCCACCAAUCGGUGCCAGAGUAUAGUAUUAUGUUGCUGCCACCUCUCUCCCAUCCUCUCCCUCUCCCCCCACUAAGCCAGCUGCUCCCAAUCCCCGUGUCGCUCCGGUCGUGCAACGCUCGCUACCACUGGACCUACGCGCGGAUCCAGGUGACGAAAUCAAUGUACGCGCGACACAAGUCAUAACCCAGAAUUGACAUAAGUG